GACGACUUUUGCUCCCGUCGAUUUUACCACUGGGGCUUUUUACACAUUAAUUUUCCUCAAGGGAGUGGAGCGGUUCCAAACAUCAUGGCGACAACGGUGGUGUAGUGUUGAAAGUAACGCUGAUUUUCUGGCUGAAAAAAAAACAUGUAAGACAAGACUGCUACGAUCAGGGAUUAUGAGGGACGUGGACUGGAUUUGUUUAACUUCAGAAUUAAAAAAUAUUCAUUAAAAUGCCGUCAGUAGCGACAAUAUCACCAGGGCAUGCAGCCUGCAAAACAAAUGGGAUUCUGUUGGAGACUCUUCAAUAUGUGGAACCCAGGAAAUAUGACCCUCCUCCAAACCAUCUCCUUCAGACAAAAAUCUACGACAAAGUGUCACAGAAUGCCCUGGUCCAAGCCCGGCCCGCAGCUGUUCACUUUGGAGGGUUUGAGAUUGGGAAGAAACAUACUUUGGCAUUUUCUAUUGUCAAUGUUUCUUCUGAUGUGCUACGGAUGCACAUCGUCCCUCCACAGACAAGAUACUUCAACAUCACAUAUACUAAGGGGAAAAAGUUUGUGCCAGGCCUGACUGUGGAAUGUGAGGUAGAGUUUUACCCUGACGAGUGGCGAUAUUACUAUGAUUCUGUGCGAAUCAACUGUCCGGGUGAGGAGAACCUGAUUGUGCCUAUCCAUGCCUACCCUGUGAUGAUCACAGACUGCUUCCCUGAACAUGUCGACUUCCCUUCUGUACCAGUCGGACAUUCGAGAACAAAGUCAAUCCCGUUACGAUGUGAAGCUCCCACAGACUUUGAGUUUGAGCUUAGCAUUGCUCAGCCACAUCCAGCUUUCACAGUAGAACCUAUGUCAGGUAUUGUGCCUGCUUGCGGGGAGACACAGAUCAAGGUGACAUUUGCACCAACAGAGUUCCUCACUGCCCACAUGAAGUUGUUGCUGAUCAUCUCCCAGUUUAACACCAAACCUCUACUUUGCACAUUUACUGGCACCUCAGCCCCUGGACUUCUCAAGGAGCUAACUGAGACAUCAGCAUUAACCGAGACAGAAACUGCUGACAGUGAUAUUUUAGACCCAAGAUGUCUAACUCCACUGGACAGAGCCAGGCGGAAUCGCAGGAAGAAGUUAAAGCCUUCACCUCCAGGGGCAACUCAACCCCAGGAUGUGGAGUACGCUGGUCUAAAGUUCCCUCCUCAGAUCAACUGUCCCCACGCUGUCACUCAGGUGCUCCUACAGGAGGAAGGCAGGCUGAGGCGCAAGGACUUGAAAGAAGCCAUCACAGCCAAAAAGGUGACCGGGCCUUCUACUCGUCAAAUGAAGGAGACGGUGUUUGAACAGGCCGUCAGACAGAAUGUGUACGAGGAGAGGCAGAAUCAGCUGAGGUGGCAGGUUAAGUUGGGAGAGGAUCAGAUGUCAGUGGACGCCAAACAACAAGUAAUGGAUAACAGAGAGCUGGCCUGGCAUGACUACAGGUUUAAAAGAUUGGGUGAACCUGUACCAGAGAAAGAGCAUACACGAGCGACGACGGAACGCACAUUUCAGAGGACCUUACGAAAGGCUACAGAGCUGGCCUCCGAGGGCGUCCAGUUUGACCUGUACACUAAUGACAACUGGGCAGCCAGACAAGAUGUUCGUAACAAAUUUGCUCAGGCAGCCAGGAAGAUUAUUAUACGAAAGCGGGCCCUGGACAAACUUCAUUCACUGACCAAAGUUGUGACAGACUGGAGACAGAAAAAAUACUCCAUAAAAGUCACAGAUGAUGAAACUGAGAAGGUGGAAGAAGAGGAAGAAGAUGUUGUGGAGAAUUUUAACAUCUCCCGUCAGGACAUCCGGGCGCCCGCCUUCCCCACCUAUGCUGACCCACAAGUCAAGGAUGACAUGGCUCCUGAUGCCCUGGGCAAUGUCAUCGUCCCACCCACCGCUGUAAUAGUCAAACAGAAAGUCCCCUACUUCAACCUCAAGGUACCUCAACAGUACCGAUUGUUAGGUUACCGCCCCCACAACACACACGACGCCUCCAGCGGUUACGUCCCAGCCACCUGUAUACGUCCACUAAGGACAGGAGCUGAGGAUGAGAUAAUUAACUUACCUGCCCCUGUUGCCAUGCCAACACAGAAGCUGCUGGCAGAGGAGUACAUGGAGAAGGUUACAGAGGGUGGGGGUGUAGAGGUGGAGGAGGUAGUCGGCCAGGCCUCAGCUGAGGUCUCGUCCACCAUGACCCUCACACCUCCUGAUGCCCUCUUCAAGCCCAUCAAGUACCCAGCCUUGCACAUCUUUAACCCUGCCCCAGGCCUCCAGGUGUUCCAGACCCCAAUGCCAUAUGCUGAGGUGGACCCAGACUUCCACUUGUGUCCCAUACCAUGUUACCAAAGAAAGGACAGCGGUUCCAACCCCCACACCUGUACGCAGCAGAAAUACCUGGACAGAGAGGAUGUGAUCAAGGGUAUUAUGUCUUGGAAAAAGUUCCCGUCCCAGGGUCUGACGUCUCUACAACAGACUCCUACUCUCACCAGCGUCUGGGUGCCCCGCUGGGAGGACCCGUUUGGGGAGGAUCUUCUGCCCCAUGAUGUGCCCCAGCUACUGGAUGGCCUGCCUGAUGAUGACAAAGACAACAUUCUGGAAGAAGAGGAGGGUGAAGUGACGGAGAAUGCAAUUGGUUUAACCCCAGAGAUGGUCAAUGCUCAGUUCAUUAUGUCACAGACGCCAAUACCACCAGAUGAGAAACAGACACUUGACAAUUUCUUCCCCUUUGGUAACAAACUACCUCGUUCUAACGUACCUGUGAAUGAACAUGGACCUGUUGACAGGGAGAAGAGAGAGCAGGAACUGGAGUAUUACAUUAGGAAGAAGUACAAUCGUCUGGGUGCCCAGAUCCAAGAGAAGACAGAAACUAUUCACAGUAUGCACAGGUCAAAGAACCUUGUGCCCAAGUAAUAUAGGAAUGUAGAAACAGAGACAUUGGCCAGAGGUACAGAAUGCUUACUGAAAACUACCAACCCUGCCACAUAUUGAACACCUUCUUUUAAUACAACUUAUGCAGUAAACCAAUCUGCUUUGACAAAAAAUGUAUGUGUACAUAUUUUCUUGUUCACUGUUAACAUUAAACCAUUUAAUAUAAUACAGAAGUGUAAAAUGGAUUUGGUGUUAUUGAAACAAAUCAUCUUUCCUGAAACUCUGUGGGAUUUUAUGCCAUGGCAGAAUGAAGAUUGUGACCUUUAGUAGCCAUAUGAACAUAAAUGUCGAUUUGCUUUUUAUUUCUAAACAGUUCUGAAAUAUAUGAUCCAGUGAAUGGAAUGUUUUGUUUUUUUUUUCAUAUCCAGCGGUUUAUGUGUUGACAUCCAUGUAUAUUCACAGCAGACUUGUUAAUACAGCGUGUUUCUCUGUAAACCAAACCAUUAACAAAAUAAUGAACAACAACAACAGAUGAUGAGAAAUGUUACAAAACAUUUUAGCAAAGAUGGGCAAGUGAUUUACACUAUGGGAGCUCAUGUUCAUUGUACCCGUGGGAACGUGUGUGAUGCAAAAGUCAGUUGCAUUGAGAGUUAAAAACUAAAUAUUACUCUAUCUGUGAUAAACUUUAUAUAAUGUAAAUGAACAGCGGUUUUUUUCUUUUUUUUUUUUUUCAUUUACGAUACUGCGUGCACAUAGUUCUGUACCUGAAUUAGAACUGUUAACUGAGAAAGCCUGUAUUUGUCUUGUUUACUUUAUUUGUAUUUGUUACAGACGUGUAAAUAAAGUGUGUAUAUAUCAACUUAAA